AUGCUAAUUACAAGUACCAGUUCUACCCGGAAUUCACGGAUCGAACGUUUGUGGGUUGAGGUGGGCACGCAGUUUGCUCGGAGAUGGAGGGCGUUUUUUACUCGCCUUGAGAAUUACCACGGACUUCGCCCCGACAUCCCUAGUCACAUUUGGCUACUUCAAACACUCUUUCUUAGCGAAAUCAAUCGGGACUGCUACGACUUUCAAGCGGAAUGGAAUUGUCAUCCAAUAAGCGGUCCGGAUACAAAUAAUAAGAGUCCAAAGGAUUUACGUUUUUUGGGACAGGUACAAUUCGGAGUAUAUCAAGAUGACUGUGAAGGGAUACAUCCCGACGUAAUUGAAGAGUAUUACGGCGUCUAUGGCCGUGUUGCAACUCGACGCCAACACCAGACCGGAGCAGGUCAUCCCAUGGACGAAGAAGACAGUGAUGAUGGUGAGGAACCUCAAGAUAUAGCACAAGCGGUCAAUAAUCAGCAAAGGGAUCAUGUCCACCAUGAAGCCAUUGGUGUUCCGUCGCAAAGGAACCCUUUCGUCAAUGAAGGAACAUACCAGCAAUUUUCUGCCACUCUCACCGAAGUCGUAGCCGAAGACAUAACACCACGCCAUUGCAGGCCUGGCCGCAGAUGA